UACCUGAAAACGGGAACUUGCAGAUUUGGAGCUACAUGCAAGUUUCACCAUCCUAGAGACAAAGCUGGGAUAGCUGGGAGAGUUUCCUUAAAUAUUUAGGGCUACCCUCUUCGCCUGGACGAGACCGAGUGUGCUUAUUAUCUGAGAACUGGACAAUGCAAGUUUGGGAGCACUUGUAAAUUUCACCAUCCUCAACCAACUAAUAUGAUGGUUUCAUUGAGUGGCUCUCCUAUUUAUCAAACUAUUCCUUCUCCAGCCACUCCUGGUCAGCAGUCAUAUCCAGGAGGAAUUACAAAUUUGUCAAGAGCAUCUUUCAUUCCUAGCCCCCGUUGGCAAGGUCCAACAAGUUAUGCACCCCUGAUUUUACCCCAAGGGAUGGUAUCGGUUCCAGGCUGGAAUGCUUAUAGUGGUCAACUGACAUCAACAUCUUCUUCAGAGAACUUGCAGCAGACAAAUGUAAAUCACCAAAUCUACGGAGCCUCACGCCAGAGUGAAUCAGCAACUUCAGGAUCCCAAGCAUCCUUUUCUCAAUUACGCUCUGGUUCUGUCCCUGUAGGUGUUUAUGCAUUGCAGAGGGAAAAUGUAUUCCCUGAAAGACCUGGCCAGCUCGAGUGCCAAUUUUACAUGAAGACUGGAGAUUGUAAAUUUGGUGCUGUUUGUAGGUUUCAUCACCCAAGAGAAAGAGUUCUUCCUGAUCCUGAUUGUGUGUUGAGUCCCAUAGGCCUUCCUUUACGUCCAAGUGAACCACUAUGCAUAUUUUAUUCUCGAUAUGGGAUUUGCAAGUUUGGUCCAAGUUGCAAGUUUAACCAUCCUAUGGGAGUUUUCACAUACAAUUACUCGGCAUCAUCUCCAUCUGAUGCCCCGGUUCGUAAUUUCCUGGGGUCAACUUCAGGAACUACUGGGUUAAACCUGUCACCAGAGGGGAUUGUUGAAGCAGUUUCUACAAAGCCCGGGCGACUUUCACUGUCAGAAAAUAGACAGUUGUCUCCCAGUGAUGAUAAUAUUGACACAGAGGGAUAAAAGCUGCAACAAGAUAUGGGCUGAUUACAUUUGACGAUAUUUUUGGUGGAUGAGGAAGAGUAAUCUGUAAAUUCAUUUCCCAUUGUUGGAUAUGUGCAAAGUUCAUAUCAAGUUGAUUUUGUUCUCUGAAAAAUAUGCAAUUCAGUCAACAGUUGCAUUUUCUGAAUUUCAUAAUGCUGCAUUGUAUAAAUCUGAAAAUUAUGUAACAUUUGGUAAACGAAUGUGAACAAUUCAGCCGUCCCCAAGCUCGUAUUCCUUUCUGAUUUUGGUGUUAUGUUUCUUUCACAUUAUGUCGUACGAGGCAUUUUCUUCCUUUUGAGUGCAGUUUUUAACCCUCUGCCUAGUUUUCUUCUGAGUCUUUAUGGCUUGAGAUUCCAUUGUUUCUUCUUCUUGGACCUCAAAUACGCAGGCAGUUUCUAAUAACAACCUUGUUUCUUGAGGUAAUAAUUACUAUCUGCCCUAAUAUCAAUCAAUCUGUGAGUGAUUCUCUAAGUUGUUUUUUGCACUGAGACGUAUUUUAUUCCUGAUUGUAUGUUAGAAAUUGUGGUGCGAAUUGUAAAUGGGUACACAUUCAACUCUCCAGC